GCCAACUCGGAUAACACAACAGUGCUGUCUGCACCGAUUUCAACGGGACUUUCUUUCUUUCUUUCAUAAUGCCUGCUUCUCUCGGCGUUUAAGUGGUUGGAGCGAGCACCUCUGCACACGGAGAUUCGUGUUGGGUCCUGAGUUGUUCAACCACCAUGGUCAUCUUUGGGUUGUCCACACUUGUCCUGCUCAUCCUGGCUUUAGUUCCCCAACCUUCACUGGGAUGUCCCUCAGGUUGCCGCUGCUACAGUCUCACUGUGGAAUGUGGCUCUUUUGGAAUCAAAGAAAUCCCACAGGGUGCCCCCUCCUUCACCGAGACAUUGUUUCUCCAGGACAAUGCUAUUAUGCAUAUCCGUCUUCAGGAUCUGACUCAGCUGGGUAGCCUACAUUACCUGUACCUCCAAAAUAACAGCAUUUCAGCUCUUGAGCCAGGAGCAUUUGUCAACCAGGGGCAGCUACUUGAGCUCGCUCUGAACAGAAACCUCAUCCAUUUCGUCACCCCUGAGAUGUUCCAGGGUUUGGAGCAUCUUCGGAUCCUCUACCUUGCAGGCAACCAGAUCACUCGAGUCCAGGACAACACCUUCAGGGUGUUGCAGCGGCUCCAGGAACUCCACUUGCAGGAAAACAGCAUUGAGCUACUGGCAGACAAAGCUCUGUCUGGAUUGUCAUCUCUGGCUCUAUUGGAUCUAAGCCAAAAUCACCUCCACACCUUGAGGGCCUCCUCGCUCAAACCCCUUGUCAGCCUGCAGGUGCUCCGAGUCACAGAAAACCCCUGGCGCUGUGAUUGUGCUCUUGGCUGGCUAAGGACAUGGCUCAGUGAGGACGGUCAGCGGCUGUUAAGCACUGCUGAGCAGCGUCGGUUAAUGUGCUCGGAGCCACCUCGCCUUUCCCACCUCAGCCUGGGGGAGGUGGCCCCUAAUAGCCUGGUCUGCAUCCCCCCUGUUGUACAACUUGAACAUAGUCAUCUAACUGUAAGACUCGGGGAGAGCCUCAGAGUCUCAUGUCAAGCCUCAGGAUAUCCUCAGCCUCAGGUGACUUGGAAGAAAUCUUCCAAUGGCAAGGCCCAGUUGUCCCCACGUGGCUUGGUUCAAGAGCUAGGGCCCAGUGGUGAAUUAUUCCGACCUGGCGUUGGAGGAGUUGUGACGGCUCUGCCCAGCAGUGGGGGGAAAAAAAUUGGAGGAAUCAACGGGGUUGUGCGUGGGAUCGAGGAGGGCGGUGAGAGGGACAGCUUCGAUCCUGACAUGGGGAGCGGCAUGCUCUUCCUCAGCAAUGUGACAGUAGCGCAUGCUGGUCGCUAUGAGUGUGAGGCAUGGAACCCCGGUGGUGUGGCUAAGGUUACAUUUCAUUUAGCGGUCAAUAUGUCCUCCUCAUCAUAUUCAUCACACCUCUGGCCUCAAUUAAACACCCAUUCAUCUGUUUCGUCUUCAUCUAAUUCCUACAACCAACCGAAGGUUGUGGAUGUUAGCCAGGAGCCACUUUAUGAGCAAGACAGCAUGGACUUUAGUGCUCUUGGCGCAGCUACGCAGACUGCCAUUGCUGUUGGCAUCUCCUUGCUAGCGCUUACUGCUAUUCUUCUCUUGAUUAUGAUCUACACACGUCAUCAGCAAUAUCAUAAAGAAGAAGUGGGAUCCUACUGUACCAGCAAAGAAGAGAGCAUCAUCUACGUAAAUGAUUACUCUGACGGACCCACUACGUUUGCACAGCUGGAGGAGUACAGUGAUGACCAUGGGCAUGAGAUGUAUGUGCUUAACCGAGCAAAGCCAGUUGGGUCCGCCUCGGUGAGGUGUCCCAUGAUGGGUGGGUAUAUCCCACAAAAGAGCAUUAAAGAAGCUCUCCUGGAUCAUCAAGUGAUUCAGACCCUGUCCAGAUCAGGAGGAAUGGAAGUUAGGAGGAAUCCAGGAGAUGGCGGUGAGGGGCCACUCACCACAGACCCAGAAGAGGUCUUUCUAAGUCAGAGUCUUCUUUUUGGAUCACAGCUUGCUUAUGAAAUCCACUGCUAAAGGAUUUUCCUUGAGUUCCUUAAACAAUGUGCUGCUUUGCCAAAAGUUCAAAAGAAGAGAAACAUGCAAUGAUGUUGUUUGGAUGUUUUGGGCAAAAAAAAAAAAAAAAAAAAAACAGAAGCAAGUACAUUGUAUAUCAUUUGAUUCAACUGUGUGACAUUGGAUGCGUCAAGCAAUUAUUAAUUCAGCUAUUUGAUCCCUGAAUCAACCCUUUAAAAAGAGGUACUGUUGGUAGAGGACAUAGUUGAUACAGUAUGUAACCACACUCACAGAGGAGUGGGAAACUGCAAAGGAACUACAUGGCGCUCAGACAUUGUGUGGUAUGUUUUGUGUAAAUAUGAUGGCAGAAAUUAAAUAAUAAUUGUUUUUGUGUUCCUUGCUGCAAAUGCAAUUUUACAGAAAA